AUGCUGAGAUCGCUCUCCUCAUCCGCCGCGCGACCGGCCACGGCUGCUGUCGCUUCGGCCACGUCCACACCAGCACUGUACAGAGGCAUGGUAUCCACAGUGCUGCUCAGCGUGAGUUGUCCAGCAGUUCGUCGAGUCUUUUAAUUGCUUCUCCACUCACCCACGAGUCCCUUGCUUGCCGUGACUUGCACCGUAGCGCGACUCGUAUCAAGCAGCCAAGGCGACGGAGCUCAAGGCUGAGCUGAAAUCUAGAGGCCUCUCAACCACAGGCAAGCGAGCAGAUCUGAUUCAACGCUUGUUGGACAAUGACGGCAAGAGAGCAGCUGGCGUUCCCAACGUGACGAGGCCAUCCGCAGUCUCUGCUAACUCGUCCACUGCAAACAGGCGCCUCUCGACGACUCCUGCACCUCAAGCUGCUCCCGCAACCGAAUCCAACGUUGCAAACACCGCAGAGCUGGACAGCCGAACCAACGCUUCUGUGCCUCAUCCUCCCAACAUCCUGCCAGGCCAAGUAUCCAACUCCAAAGAUGCUCUGCCCGAUCUCACAAAGCUUUCCAGCCCUGAUUCAAAUCCUCCCGGCCUGCCACCCAUCAAGAAUCCCAAACCGGCAGCGUUCUUCGACGUCAAGAUUCCCUACUACGAGCCGCCUCCUGUGCCGGGACCACAAGUGGUGAGUCGUGGUUAUUGUCUGAUGGCGGGUAUAUGCUAUGUGCUGCGUAGCCUGCUCACCGGCACGUCCACCUUUCCAAAUCCCUCAGCCACUUUUCACUGCGUACUUUGAUCCGACUCAAAGAGGGGCGGGCUCUGCCGAAGCUCAAAGGCCUUAUGUUCCACCUCGCAAAAUCAGUAUCGCUGCCGGUGCGGACGUGGCGCACACAUUGGGCGACGUGACGCUUCCGGAGGACAUUUCUCUCGAGCAGAGCUCUUCGGGUCAAGCUGCGGGAGGGGCAGGGGCGAUUGCGCAAGGAGCAACGCAGAGCAUGACGAAUGGCAUCAAAGAACUGCUGAGCGCUUUCAGAAGGGAUUUGGGUAUCGCUGAACCUCCUGCAGAGACGCAACAGGCAGCGGCAAAGGUGUCUUCCAAAAUUGUGGAAGGUGCUCGCGUAGGUGCUGAUGUGGCCAAAGUAGCACUCGGCGAAGCUUCGGCGGCAAUUUCCAAUGCCGCGCCGGAUCGUGCAUCAACGAGUGGCAACGACGACGGAACGAGCAGCAGCAGAGCAUCCUACUCGCCCCAACCUGCUCAGUUCAGUCCGUCCGAUAGCACAGGUCUGUACGUCUUGCUCGGUAUUUUGCUAGGCGGAUACACACUCGGAGGUCUGCUCUCCCCAAGCGGCAAGAAGCACCAAAAGAAGAUUGCUACGCAAUUGGAAGGCAUUAGAAAGGAAGCCGAAUUGGAGGUGCUCAAGGUGAAAAUCAGCAGCGCAUUGGAAUUGCCGCGGUCGUUUACGCAUUGGAGCGAUAGGGACGUCGCGCACCUCGUCGCACGGGCUGAAGAGGUGCUGCAAUCGCAAAAACCUGCUCAGUGA